AUGACGCUCCACCUGGGCCUCGCGACCGCGCGUCACAACCACAGCAGCAGCAGCAGUAACGGUGAACAGGCGCAGGAAGUGCGAGAAGCACGCCGGCUCUUGAGAGAGCGCAUCCGCAACGACUGGGACUUCCCGACCCUGCCUGCAUACAAAUCCUGCGGACGCAGCAGGGACCCGCUGGUCAGCGGCGGCGGCGGCGGCGAGGAAGACGAGGACGAGAAUCUGUCGGUGGAAGAGAGGAUUGCAGGAUUUCGAUUCCAUACGCCGGGCACGCACCAUUUGGAUAACCGUACGCGAGACGGGAGCGGACAGGCAUUGGGGCUGGACUUUGAUCCGGUGGGAUGGCGGGAGAGACAGUACUCGAGCGAGUCGGAUACAGAGGUGGACGAGAAUGCGAGCGCCGCGGCGCCCGCCGCGACGAGCUCUGCGCGGAGCAAGAGCAGCACGACGUACAAGUUUGAGGGCCCGGAUAGUGUGGGUGCGCAGUUGAAGGACCGACGACUGGCGAAGAAGAGGAAGCGCUCUCGGGCAAAGGAGGAAGAAAUGCAAUGGAAUGACGGGCUGGCGCAUUGGAUGCGCAGGCGGGAUGCGUGGUGCUGCGCGAGGACUGCCGCGCAGGUGCACAUGUCCGAGAGGAGCAGUGCGAGCGCGAAUUCUCAACAGGAACACGUCGACUACACCUCUGCAUCGGCGAGCUCCAGUCCUCGCUCCUCGACAUCCUCGGCAGCUGGUCACCAGCCCUCUUCUACACCCGGCUCCAGCCUCGCCACGACGCCCGACAUCACCGCAGCACGAACCGAAGCAACACCCACCACCGUCGCAUCUCCCGUGGAGGAGGUCCUCGUCCCCAUCGCGCCCUGCAUCCUGCCCAACCAUCCCAUCCGGCGAAAGAUCACCCCCAACAUGUAUCCCGAGAUCUACACCAAAAUCAUCUUACAGUCCAGGACGCCUUCGGUACCCAUCAACCUGCAGGCACUGGUGAAGGCGCUCAUACAAGGCUGGAAGGACGACGGAGAAUGGCCUCCCAAGAGUGCGCCGCUGGAGAAGAGUAUUGGGCGGAAGAAAGGGAGCCACCACCCCGGCGGACUCAAGGAAGGCGUGAAGGCGGUCGGGAGAGUGCUUCGCUUGACUGGAGUUGGCGAGAGCAACAAGUGA